GUGUCAACUGUCAACCAUUAUUUCUAAUCAGAGAUAAUUAAUAAUAUAAAUAAACAUUAAUAUUUAUUCAAAAUGAUUUCAAUUUUAAAUAACAUGUCUUGUCCUGGUUUAUAUUGUGGAAGAACACAAUUAUCAAAUUAUGAGUUAAGCGAAUGUGGCCCAUGUCCUAGAGGAUUUAGAAGAAAUGAAACUACAUAUAUUUGUGAAUUGUGCACAGAUGAACCUUUUUUUUAUGAUUGGCUAUAUCUAGGAUUUGUUGUUUUAUUAAUGCUUGUUUUGCAUUGUUUUUUUAUUGAUAUGAUUUCAAUGAGACGAAGUUUCAACAAAGACAUUCUUAUUUUGCAUUCAGUUGCUUGUAUUGAAGUCACUGUAGCAGCUGUUAUUUCCUUAAUAUUGUCGCAUCCAAUUGGUAAAUUAACAAUACAUAGUUGUAAAGUCAGGAGUAUUGCAGACUGGUAUACUCUUCUUCAUAAUCCCAUUCCAAACUAUGAGAAGAAAGUAUAUUGCACACAGGAAGCUGUUUAUCCAUUAUAUACUACAGUGUUCUUGUUUUAUGGAUUGUGUCUGAUAUUCAUGAUACUAUUUAGACCUUGGCUGUGUAAAAAAUACUUACCCAGACAAAGUAAAAUGUCCAUUUAUGCUGCAUUAUAUUUUAUACCCAUUCUUGUACUGAUGCAUGCUUUGAUUGGAGGCCUUUUGUAUUAUUGCUUUCCACAUCUAGUUCUAGUACUGUCAGUAAUAUCUUGUGCAGCCCAUUUUGCCGUCAAGUUGGAUCAAAGUAUAAAAUCGUUGAUAGUGUCAACACUAGUGGAACCACGUAACCUAGUUAUACUUAUUGGACAUUGGUGUUUACACGCAUAUGGACUAAUAUCAAUAACGCAAAUGUUAAAUCCAUCUCUACACGCAUCGUUAAUUUUGUUAAUACCUUUACCAGCGCUCUUUUAUAUUUUAACGGCAAGGUUUACGGAUCCUAGUAAAUUUCAAUUUUAGAGUACUACUAUGAAUACUUGUAUAUACUAUUAAGCGUGUCUGUGAUAAUUAUCUUAAAAAGCCGAAAUAUGUUAUAUUAGAAUUUGUUUUGAAAGAGGUAUUAAUAAACUGUAUCUUUUUAAAAAAGUAUUAAUGAUU